AUGAGCGGUUCUGGCCAUCACUCGUCCCGUCGAUCGACUCUUGCUAGUCGACCGGCCGAUCUUAGAGAUUCCAGAUCGAGUACUAUUGGAGGAACUGGAGGAGAUGGAGGUUUCAUGGGCCGAACCCCACAAACCACAAAAAAUAUGCCUAGCAGUGUCAGAAGGAACUCUGUCUUCGCAUCUACCGGACGAUCACGAGCGUCUAUGGCACCUGGAAUGUAUACAAAUCUCGCUUUCAGAGAUCCUCGACCUAUUCGUGACAAAGGAUUUCAGUCUGACUGUAUGAGGAAUGUGAAUGAAUUCCUUGUAUCAGCUCGAUAUCCUGCCCCUAUCUCUUCAAAAACCCUAGUUUCUCCAACCGCCAAAGAAUUUCAAUCGAUCUUCCGCUUUCUCAUUGAUACUCUUGUCGAACAGGGUACGGGUUGGAGCAAGAAAUUCGAGGACGAUGCUUUGAUGAUACUUAAGGAUUUAAAAUACCCUGGUAUGGAUACCAUCAGCAAAACUGCAUUCACGGCACCAGGUGCUCCACAAUCUUGGUUCGGGAUGUUAGGCAUGUUGAAUUGGCUCGUUGAACUAUGCAAGGCGCAUGAAAACUGGAACGACGGUCACUGUAUCUCGGAUCCAAUCCUAUCGGCCCCCCAUUUAUUACCCUUGGAUCAUCCCCAUUUAGAGGACCGUUUACUUUGGGAUUUCGCUUCCAGAACGUACGAUCAAUGGUUCGAUGGUGGCGCUGAAGAGUUCCCCGAAGCUGAACACGAAUUGGAGUUGAUGUAUGAUCGAAUGGCAAUGACGGCUGUAAGGGAAAGCGAUAAGCUAGAAGCGACAUUCACGAAACGCAAUCUCGAACUUCAACAAUUACAUGUGCAAGAGCCACCGUUGAAGAAGUUUGAAGAUGAGUAUCUCCAGCUCAUGGAAGACAAGACCAAGUUCAUUGCCUUUAUCGAGCUCAAUAAACAAAAAGCCGAGAAGACACGACAAGCUAUUCUGAAGAUUCGAGAUGCGAUAUCCGGUCAAAAUCAAGAUUUGACUGGUCAACGUUUGGAGCUAUCUUCCAUUGAGACAGCCGUAGCUGCUCAGAACCUUACCCCAGACGAGGUCAACCGCAUGAACCAUGAACGAGAAUCCUUGAGCCGCGGUCUUGAUGACUUACGCACGAAAAUUGUGGAAGCAAGUCAAAUGGCUUAUGAUCAGGAGAUGCUGGUAACUAAGUCAAUGGACCGAUUCGAGACGCUUCUUGCCGACUACACGGCUUCCUGCCAUCAGAUUGGUCUUUUGACUCGUUCAGCGGAUCUAACUGGACAAUUGGACUACAAAAUCGAAGUCGAUCUAGGUGUGGAAGACCUGGAAGACUUGAGGACCUCUGGAAUUCAUAUGCGUAGUACAGUAUGGCAAGGUCUACAAAACCUGCGUGAACGAUACCGGCAAGAGCUUAUCGAUCUUAGCGAUAACAGGAUCGCUUUGGAAGAUUACUGUGAUAGAUUGGGGCAACAAGUGGAGGGCCAGACAGAAGAGGUCAGAACUUUGGAAGUCAAAUUGAAAAUGAUAAAUGACCAAGCAGAGCUGGCCCAGAAUAAGCUGAACACGGAAAAUACGGUCACCAACAAGACCAUAUUCAAGUUGGAGAAUGAUGUCACAGCCAUGAUGGCUGCCACUCAGCAAGGAGUCUUGGUAUCUCAGUCGCAACUUGAAAGUACAAGAAUAGCGUACACCGAGCUUCGCCACAAAGCGACUAUACUCCAUGACAGUCUAGUAGCGCAGAUCGGAAGUCAUAUUGAUAUGAUCAUCAAAGCUAAAGAGCAUAGCGCGAAUAGUCUUAGGAGUAUCAAAACUUUGGCUGAAACUCAGUGA